AUGGCUUACAGACAGAAAGGAGAUGGUGGGAGCUCAUCAAGCUGGUUUAAUGCAGAUUGGAGCACCUACAGGUCACUUUUUCUAUUCUUCAACCUUGUGACUUCAGUGAACUCCAUAGGUGUUAUGCAGUUGGUGAAUCCUAUCUUCCCAGGUACUGUCACUUGCUAUGAAAACAGAAUGACAGUGGAAUUUCCAAGUGAUCUUAGCACCAAAAAAUGGCAUGCAUCUGUGGUGGAUCCUUUUAGUUUCAAAUUGUUGAACUGCACUUACAUCCUGGAUCCAGAAAAGCUCACCCUAAAGGCCCCGUAUGAGACUUGUACCAGAAGAAUGUUUGGCCAGCACCGGAUGACCAUCAGACUCCAGGACCACAAUGCUGCUUCAAGACAUGAUGGUCUGAUGUAUCAGAUCAGCUGUCCAGUUAUGCAAGCAGAAGAAACCCAUGAGCAUGCAGGAUCUACUAUCUGCACAAAGGAUUCCAUGUCUUUUACCUUUAAUGUUGUUGCAGGCAUGGCUGAUGAAAAUACGGACACCAAGACUACUAUGGGAUGGAUCAUUGAGGUUGGUGAUGGUACAAAAGCCAAAACUCUGACUCUUGAGGAAGUCUUGAGACAAGGAUAUAAUCUCCUGUUUGAUAACAACAAGAUGAUCCUCCAAGUGUCAUUCAAUGCCACUGGAGUGACACACUACAUGCAAGGGAACAGUCACCUCUAUACAGUGCCUCUGAAGUUUACACAUGAUUCUCUCGGGCAGAAGAUCAUCUUAACAACACGAGUGCUUUGUAUAUCGGGUGCUGUGACCUGUAAUGCCACACAUGUGACUCUCGGCAUACCUGAGUUUCCUGGGAAGUUAAAAUCUGUAAGCCUUGAAAACAGGAACUUAGCUGUAAGCCAGCUGCACAACGAUGGAAUUGAUAAAGAAGAAUCAAAUGGCUUGAGAUUGCACUUCAGCAAAACUCUUCUCAAAAUGAAAUUCUCUGAAAAAUGCCUACCUUAUCAGAACUACUUAGCUUCACUCAAACUGACCUUUGCCGUUAAAGGAGAGACUGUAUCCACAGUGCUUUAUCCUGAGUGUGUCUGUGAGUCACCAGUUUCUAUAGUUACAGGUGACCUGUGUACCCAGGAUGGGUUUAUGGAUGUCGAGAUCUACAGCCACCAAACAAAACCAGCUCUCAACUUGGAAACCCUCAGGGUGGGAGACUCAUCCUGCCAACCUACCUUCAAGGCUCCAUCUCAAGGGCGGAUACUAUUUCACAUACCCCUGAAUGGAUGUGGAACAAGACAUAAGUUUAAGAAAGACCAAGUCAUCUAUGAAAAUGAAAUCCAUGCUGUCUGGGCGGAUCUUCCUCCAAGCACAAUUUCUAGAGAUAGUGAAUUCAGAAUGACAGUGAAGUGCCAUUACAGGAAAGAUGACCUGCUAAUAAAUACACAAGUCGAAAGUCUUCCUCCUCCAGUGGCCUCAGUAAGGCCAGGUCCACUUGCCUUAAUCCUGCAAACCUACCCAGAUAAAUCCUACCUCCAACCUUAUGGGGACAAGGAGUACCCUGUGGUGAGAUACCUCCGCCAACCAAUCUACCUGGAAGUGAGAGUCCUAAAUAGGGCUGACCCCAACAUCAAGCUGGUCUUAGAUGACUGCUGGGCAACACCCACUAUGGACCCAGCCUCCCUCCCCCAGUGGAAUAUUAUCAUGGAUGGCUGUGAAUACAACCUGGACAACCACAAAACCACCUUCCAUCCAGUUGGCUCCUCUGUGACCUAUCCUACUCACUAUCAGAGGUUUGAUGUGAAGACCUUUGCCUUUGUAUCAGAGGCCCAAGUGCUUUCUAGUCUGGUCUACUUCCACUGCAGUGCCUUAAUCUGCAAUCGACUCUCUCCUGACUCCCCUCUGUGUUCUGUGACUUGCCCUGUGUCAUCCAGACACAGGAGAGCCACAGGCACCACUAAGGAAGAGAAAAUGAUUGUAAGUCUUCCAGGACCCAUCCUCUUGCUAUCGGAUAGCUCUUCACUCAGAGGUGUCAGCCCAUCUGAUCUUAGAUUAAUUAAAGCAAGUAGGAAAUGCGAACAGCAGUGGGAGCAGAGAGACGAGGUUGGCUCAAGGAAUGUUGGGGACUCAAAAGGGUACGGGGCUGCCGGAUACAUGGCUUUGAAGACUGUGGUGGCUGUGGCUGCCUUAGCAGGCCUUGCGGCAACCCUAGGCUUCAUCAUCUACCUGCGUAAGAACAGAACCAUGAUGUUAAAUCACUAAGGAUUUUCAAAUAAAGUGGUUGAAGUAAGCUAUCUGCUUUUUA